AUGGCAGACCUCAGGGCUGAGUCGCAACACGGCAGCCUAUGGCCCAGCUAUGGCAACCCCGUGCACAUGACCAGCCGCUUCAACCCCUCAGAUCCCUCGGCAUCAGUCCCGCCGCCGCCGACAUCGUCGCAUCUCGUGAGGGACAGGAGUCGCCAUGAUAUGGACUACCCGCCCUACCCGGCCGGCCGGCCCAGCCAGACCGAGAGUGAAUAUGAUCACCGAUACCCGCCGCACCCGCCAGUGAUGAACAUGCCGCCGCCGCCGCCGCCGCCGCCGCCGCCCAUCAACAACUUGAAGCGGCCCUAUUCGCAGGUGGAGGGGUAUGAGAUGGUCCACGAUCUCCGGGAGGACUACAAGCCGCCAAAUCACGACCAGAAGCUACUGUCCUUCCGCAAGCUUGGCGACAAGCACACGAUCGUCGAUGCCAAGGGCAGAAUCCACGAGAUUGAGGUCGAGGCGCAGUUGCACGGCAUGUUCUUUCUGUCCGAGUUCCCAACGACGACACCUGACGGCCAGAUGGUGAACGCGGAGCUGACGUGCUACCGGCGCAACCUGUUCCAGAUCAGCGGCAGCCUGUGCUUCCCGCAGAUCCCGCUCUCGGUCUUGCUGGAGUCGGGCGAAACCAGCCGGAUCAAGAAUAUGGAGGUCAGCAUUUCAGCUAUCGAGUCUGUUGAUGGACACCCGGUCCGUCUGAUUGUCAUCCCCUGGAAGACGCCCCCGCCGAACGCUCCCGAGAUCAACAAUGCGCCCGAUCAGGAGCCGCCCGUCUUGCCGCUGGUCCCCUGGGCAGACGUUGAGGAGGAGCCCGAAGGCGACCAAUACUGCAUCUACCCCAUCGGUUGGAGGAGGUUGCAGUUUAGGAUAGCGACUGCGAAUAACGGAAGGAGGAAGGAGCUUCAGCAACACUUCGUCCUGCAUCUGAAGCUCCACGGAACCUUGGAGAACGGACAGAAGCUGGUCCUGUCAGAGCUCGUGACAGCCCCGAUCGUGGUGCGUGGUAGGAGCCCGCGAAACUUCCAAGCGAGAAAGGAGAUCCCGCUUCUCGGGUCGAGCGCUGGCUCAAGGGGUCAAACUUUGGUCGAGACUGGCCAUGGCAUCGUGGCCCAGGCUGUUGUUCUCAACAAGCCCCCAUACGACUCGAGACCUCGUAUUUCGAGCCUGGCGACCGGCGUGCCGCGGGGCGAGUUUACCUUCACUGCUCCGAAGCAGUUACCACAGGGUCCUAUGCAAAUGCGGUCAAACUACCCAACGACUUGGAAUCCGAGCAAUCCGGUCUCGAUGCCGCACACGCCGGCAUCAGCCACAUACCCAUCCUCGACAAUGCCGCCAGAGUCCUAUCCGAAGAUGCCCCUGUCGGGAGCUCCCGGUUUCACAACUGAGGCGCAGGAGAUGCCCAUGCAGCCGACAUCAAUGCCCUCGGUCCAGAUGCCCAUUGUUGCGCAGGAUCAGCAGCAACCGCCUAUACGGACCCCCUAUGCGCCCUACGUUCAAAACACCUCUGCUUCUUCGCACCUCUCUCUGCCGACCACGGCUGCUGAGAGCUCGCUUGCCAUUCCGCGUUAUGUAGACACAAACCCUCGCCCGACCAAGAGCCCACGUCACGCCAGCCAUCAGUCCAUUGGUAGCUCCAUCUCCAACGACACCACUUCAGGCGAGUAUCGUUAUGGGCCUCCGCCUACGCAAGGGACAGGCUCCGUCUAUGCUCCGAGCGGCCCCGCUCCGACUGGUACUGGCCCGGAUGUGCUCAGCCCUCAUUCUCAACAACAUCCUCAUCUCCCUCCUCCGACUGGGACAGCCCACUCGCACCCUCAAGCUGGGGGAGCCCCGGGCACGACCAGUAGCUACCCUCCGCCGCCGCAAGAUAGUGGUGCGUCGACAGGAACGACAGGGACCAGCGCGCCAUCGACACAGACGACAGCGCCGCAGCCGCCGCCGCCGCCGAGAGAUUACUUCCCUCCCUCACAGUCGUGGACCACCACGGCUGGCGAGGCCCCUCCCUCGACUUAUGCGAACGGCCCUGCCGCGCCGGCCGGCAGCACGACCGCUACGGGUAGCAGCACUGCUCCCUCGGUCGGCAGUGCUAGCGGUGCGGGCAACGGAAGUGCCAACGCCAGCACGGGCGGUGCUACGGGUGCGCCGGGUGCGGACAGGCCUUAUGCGUUCCCAGCCUCAGCUGGUGGCCCGGCCACGGCGGCUGGCCCGCACGUCAAGGAUCCUGCCGCGACCGCUGCAGUGUCAGGAUAUGCUGGGGUUACGGGGUACACCUGGAGUGCGGCUUAA